AUGCUCAACAAUCUCGGAACUCGGCUGUUCAAAUCGGUGACAGAUAAGGCCGGCGACCUCGGAGACAAAUUCGAGGAGGAAUUCUCACGGCUCUCGUUCAACAUCACCAGUCGGUUCCCCCCGCCCGCCCACUCUCAUUUCCCCUUUGAUUUCAGCCGAAGUCGAUUCGAUUGUGUCCGAAGCGAUCUCGCUCUCCGCCUACAUUAAGGUCGCAUUGGUGAUUCUUUCGAUCCUCCUGGUCGCCCAAUUCCUUCCGUUUCUCUUCCAUUCCUCCCUUUCCAGAUCCUUCUCAUCAUCCGCUUGUCCGCUUUCGGAAUACGAUGUUUGGUAUUCAAAGCACGUGACUGGAUUCAUUCGAUCGAGAACAAACCAUCCCCGCAGGUACCUGUUCCCUAUGUCUCUCCGUACAUUUCCUUAUCCAGGUUAUUCUUCUGAUGCCAACAGAAGAUGGAAAAUACCGAAAGAGCUCAAAAGUUUACACAGACGAACAAACACGGCAGAUUCUCGACAAACUGCGAGAAGACUCGAUAGAGCUGUUCAAUGAAUCGCUGAGAGCUCCUAGCGUGGUAAGAGACAACAUUUGAACACGAACAUUAAGUUUUUGCAGGAGUCCCGCAGAACAAGGCCGCCCAGACUAUCAGAACGUCCGUUCAAAAACUGGAAAGUACCAGAAGAAGCAGUUUGA